UCUCUUAGAUUCCUAGUAAGCAAGCUCCAAAGUCAAUGGAUGCAGCCAAUAGCAAACUCAAGCAUGAAGCAUCCUUUUCCCACUACAUUAGAACGAUUUAAACUUCUUCACAACAAGGCAUUAAAAAUCCAAGCUUGAGCGCCAAUCUCUCCACACCUAAAUGCAGAUUCACAUGCCAUAACCAAGAUUUUGAUGCUAUAUAAUCCCAAUAUCUCAUUGAUAUAACCUCCAAAAUAUAGAAACUAUUUGAUAGCAAAGGAUCCCACUAUCCUAAACCGACCCUACCAAAAUGGAGGUGUCCAAUGGAGCAGAAGAGACUUAUCAAAAGAAGUUUGCACUUCCUGUGGACUCUGAGCACAAAUCCACCGAGUUCAGGCUGUUCUCAGUGGCAGCGCCUCACAUGCGGGCGUUUCAUCUCUCGUGGAUAUCUUUCUUUGCCUGUUUUGUCUCUAGUUUUGCUGCUCCGCCUCUGCUUCCAGUCAUCCGCGACAAUCUUGGCCUAACUGCAACCGACAUUGGGAAUGCAGGCAUAGCUGCUGUUUCCGGUGCAGUGUUUGCCAGGAUUGCCAUGGGGACAGCCUGUGAUCUGUUCGGGCCUCGCCUUGCCUCUGCGGCUCUUACCCUUCUUACUGCACCAGCAGUUUACUGCACUGCCAUUGCUAAUUCUCCAACCUCCUUCCUCCUUGUCCGCUUCUUCACUGGCUUCUCCCUAGCCACCUUCGUGUCAACACAGUUCUGGAUGAGCUCGUUGUUCUCAUCUAAAGUUGUUGGGACAGCCAAUGGCGUGGCCGGAGGGUGGGGGAACCUAGGUGGUGGAGCAACUCAGCUGAUCAUGCCUCUGGUGUUCAACUUGAUUGAGCGUAUAGGCGCGACACAAUUCACAGCGUGGAGGAUUGCCUUCUUUGUCCCUGGUCUGUUUCAGACUCUGUCUGCAUAUGGAAUUUUCUUUCUAGGCCAAGAUUUGCCAGAUGGGAACUACUCUCAGCUCCACAAAUCAGGAGAUAAGCACAAGGAUAGUUUCAAGAAGGUUUUGUAUCACGCGGUCACAAAUUACAGGGGAUGGAUCCUGGCACUGACCUAUGGCUACUGCUUUGGUGUUGAGUUGACAAUAGACAACAUAAUCGCGCAGUACUUCUACGACAGAUUCAACGUGAGGCUCCACACUGCGGGGAUCAUAGCAGCCAGUUUCGGAAUAGCAAAUCUCUUCUCCAGGCCAGGAGGAGGAAUCCUAUCAGAUAUUGUGGCAAACAGGUAUGGAAUGAGGGGCCGGCUCUGGACUCUUUGGAUUGUGCAGACAUUAGGAGGCGUCUUCUGCAUCCUUUUGGGGAAAGUAGGAUCUCUUGGGGUAUCAGUAGCAGUCAUGCUCAUAUUCUCCGUAUUCGUUCAGGCAGCGUGUGGCCUCACCUUCGGGGUUGCACCUUUUGUAUCAAGAAGGUCACUCGGGUUUAUAUCAGGGAUGACGGGUGGUGGUGGAAACGUGGGGGCGGUUCUAACUCAGGUGAUAUUUUUUAGAGGAUCACACUAUACUACAGAAACAGGUAUAACCUUGAUGGGGGUGAUGAUAGUGUGCUGCACCCUAGUGAUCAUGUUGAUACACUUCCCACAAUGGGGAGGGAUGUUCUGUGGGCCGUCUUCAAAAGGUGCCACGGAGGAAGAUUACUACCUGUCUGAAUGGACUGCGGCUGAGCAGGACCAAGGUUUCCACACCGCCAGCUUGAAAUUCUCGGAGAACAGCAGAAAUGAAAGGGGCAAACGAGUACAACCAGCACCUACACCAACUCUUGCCACUCCAAAUGCAUAUGUCUAA